AGAAGAGGAAGAAACCGGUGCGCGAGAGUUAUUGCAAAAUGCCCCUGCAUCGGUCGCUUUGUAGCGUUAAGGUCAAUAGGCGCAGGCGAGUAUGUCUGAACCAUGGCUUUACCCCACUGUUUUACUGUGCAUUUAUGGAUUUUUCUCCAGCCACAGACCACUGGAGCCUUUUCUAACACCGUUUUUGAUGGGACCUGACAAAAACCUGACGGAGACAGAGGUUGUGAACGAGAUCUAUCCAUUAUGGACCUAUUCCUACCUUGUCCUGCUUUUUCCUGUUUUCCUGGCCACGGAUUACCUUCGCUACAAGCCUGUGCUUAUUCUCCAGGCGACCAGCUUUAUAGUGACAUAUGCUAUGCUCAUGAAGGCCCAGGGUGUGCGGGCCAUGCAGUUAUUGGAGUUCUUUUUCGGUUUGGCCACUGCCACUGAAGUUGCGUACUACUCCUAUAUCUACAGUGUUGUGGAGCCGUCUCAUUAUCAGAGGGUGACUGGUUUUUGUCGCAGCGUCACACUGUUGGGCUCGGCCAUUGGCUCACUCAUGGGACAGGUUCUGGUGUCCGUAGCCCAGGUACCUCUUUUUUACUUGAGCGUCAUCACACUGGUGUCCUCCUGCAUAGCUUUUGUUGCCCCUUGGUUCCUACCCAUGCCCGUUAAGAGCCUGUUCUUUCAUGAGAGAGAGCGCAGCUCUCGGGAUGAAGCAGUCCUGGAACCCAUGAACCGUGGUCAGCUGAUCGAGAAGCCAGAGGAUCCAGAGUCCAAAAUGCAGCUUAGUGCAGAUGAAAGAACGACUCUCAGGGACAACACUAGCAGUAGUAGAUUACUGGAAGUGUUAAAAAUGCUCUGGGCAGACUUCCUGCAGUGUUACUCCUCCUCUACCCUACUGGCCUGGUCAGUGUGGUGGGCUUUGUCCACAUGUGGUUACUUCCAGGUGAUUAAUUACGCUCAAGCACUUUGGGAGAAAAUCUUGCCUUCCAAUGAUUUUGAGAUCUACAAUGGAUACGUGGAGACCAUUUCUACCUUGCUUGGUGCUUUUGCUGCAUUUGUUGUAAGCUUUGUGAAAGUGUCUUGGACAGUGUGGGGAGAACUUGCUCUCUGCAUUUUCUCUGUGGUAAUUGCAGUGUGUGUGUUCCUCAUGGACACCGUCAGGAAUAUCUGGGUUUGCUACACUGCCUAUAUCAUCUUCAGAGCUACCUACAUGCUGCUUAUCACCAUAGCAACGUAUCAGAUUGCUGCUAACUUAAGCAUGAAACGAUAUGCUUUGGUUUUUGGAGUAAACACUUUCAUUGCACUCUUACUGCAGACGGUUCUUACAGUGAUUGUAGUAGAUUCUGCCGGACUGGGCCUGGACAUUUUUCUACAGUUUUUGAUCUAUGCGAGUUACUUUGCUGCGGUAGCAGUGAUAUUCUUCAUUGCUGGGCUGUAUAAACUGUUCAAAAGAAGGAGAUCUGGAGGACAGAAUGAAUUACCCACAACAGAGUCCGUUCCAGAGGCAUGAAAUGCAAGGUUAUGGAAUAAUCCUCUCUCCAACUGAACAGAACAUUUUUUUUAUAAAAAAGACAAGCAGCAUAUCCAAAUCAGUCACACUUGAUUGAUCCAGCUUUAUAGAUUAUAAGCACUGAUGAUUAUGAAUCUUAUUACCGAGUUCACAAUUAUACACUGUAAGUGGCCGUUGUGGGUCACAGAUUGUGUAGAACAAAAUGCACUUAUUUAAAGGAAACCAUUAUGAUGCCUUAUUUUAUGGAUGUUACUUGAAAUUAAAGCCCUAUUCGGACGGUAUUAGUUUUACAUGGAGAGGUGGGGUAAAGUAAUUAUUACCAGAGCUUCUCAGUGAUUUUAGUCCCAUUUGAAUGAAAUGUAAAGUAUUGUAAUUUUACCACAGGACGUCUGUUAUAAUAAUGGACAAUUGGCACGGGAUAAGAAAUCU